GUCAAUUUCUUGUCUAUUUAAUGGUUUAUUACAUAGAAAAGAUACUCAGCCUCUCGUUCAUCAACUUCACCAUCUCUUCUAUUUGACACCAAAACCACAUGAACUCCAUGGAAAACCAGACGGGAACUGCAUCCACCAAGGAAUUAGAUCAUGAUCAUGAUCAUGAUGAGGAGGAGAAUCUCUCCCAAUAUGCUUUGCAGCUUGCAAGCGCAUCAGUGCUGCCGAUGGUAUUGAAAGCAACAAUAGAGCUUGGUGUGCUUGAGAUCAUACAGAGAGCUGGUCCAGGAGCCCUUCUCUCUCCUUCCCAAAUAGCUUCCCAAAUCCCCACUCAAAGCAACGCAGACUCAUCUCCACUUCUUGAUUCUAUGCUCCGCCUUCUCACUACCCACUCCAUACUCACCUGCUCUACUUCCACUCACCAGCACGACGGCCACGUUCUCCGGCUCUAUGGUUUGGCGCCGGUCUCCAAAUACUUCAUCCGGAACCAGGAUGGACGAUCAAUGGCACCCUUCUUAGACCUGGUACAGGACAAGGUCAUCAUGGAUAUCUGGUACCAUUUGAAAGAUGCAGUUCUGGAAGGAGGAGUACCAUUUUACAAGGCUCAUGGGAUGAAUGCGAUGGAGUACGUUGGGAAGGAUGCCAGAUUCUACGAGGUAUUCAAGAGCUCAAUGGAAGAUUUUCACCCGGUGUUGAUGAAGAAGAUUCUUGAGACGUACAAGGGUUUUGCAGGCCUGAAAUCGCUGGUCGAUGUCGGAGGUGGCGAUGCCACCAUCCUUAACAUGAUCAUCUCCAAGUACCCUACCAUUAACGGUGUCAACUUUGAUUUGCCUCCUGUUAUAGAAAAGUCACCCUCCUAUCCUGGUAUUGAGCAUGUUGCAGGAGACAUGUUUGCAACAAUUCCUAAAGGAGAUGCCAUUUUCAUGAAGUGGAUACUUCAUAGUUGGGACGACAAAAAUUGCCUGAAGAUACUGCGAAAUUGUUAUGAAGCACUACCAGACCACGGGAAGGUGAUAGUAGUAGAUGUGGUGAAUACAGAAACCACUGCAACUACUAAUGCUGAUAAAAGCUUGUCUCAGUUAUAUUUGGUCCUGACGAAUAUAAACCAGGGCGGAAAGGAGAGGACAGAGAGAGAACUCGAAAGUUUGGCAAAAGAAGCAGGAUUUUCUGGUGUUCAAGUGGCAUGUCGUGCUUUUGACUUUUCAGUUGUGGAGUUGUACAAGAAUAUGUAACAAUUUAGUCAUGACAUAUUCUGUCAUUGUAUCAGUGGACAUCGGCAAAUAAAAAGUCCCCCAAAUAAUGUACUGUAUGAGAGAUAAAGAUGCAAAUAGAACCUCUUUCAAGACUCC